UAGUAGCCCUUGAAUCAGACAUCGAAGUAAAAAAUUUCCGUAAACGAAACCUCAACGGUUCAGAUAUUCAUCAAAAAUGUCAGAAAAAGAAGUCGAAAAGGCUGAAAAUGGCGCACCGGAAAUUCAGGCGGAUACUCCGAAAAAAGUGACAAAGAAAAAGAUUGCCAUCCUGGAACCACACGAAGAACUUGGAGUGGAGAAGCGCAAGGAAGGGAAAAAAUAUCGCAAAUCGGUUUUCCCGGGUUUGCGGGAAAGUAUAAUGAUGGAUCGCCGUAGAUCGACAGUUGGCUUCACAGAUCUUAACCGACAAUCUUCUGCCCAAUUAUUUGGUAGAAUGAUGGAUAGCGCAUUCCCUCGAAUGCAGUCACGUGUGUGGACCAGUCGUAGGAGUACCAUGUACAAUAUACCACGUUUUCAAAACAAUUAUCGCAUGGAAUCUCGACACCCGUUCAAUCGUGAAAGCGUUGAAACACUUAUCAACUGUUACCUGUCAAUAUUUUUGAACGAUCUAACCUACAAUCCCAAGCGUGCGAAACGGUUGGCGGAACAUCUGAGCGUUGAGUUGAAGGACCUAAUCAAAUGUUGCAAUUAUGAUAGGUAUCGUAUCAUUGCACUGGUAACGGUGGGGGAUAAAUCCUCGCAGAAUUUCAAGUCCGUGAUGCGAUUCCUCUGGGAUGCUGACAGAGAUAGUUAUACGAAUUUCGCUUUCGAAACAUCAACGUAUUUCGUGACAGCUACCGUCUUUGCUGUGUAUUAUGAAUGACUUGAAAAAUUUUGGUUUGGCGUACAACAAUCUCACAUUUAAAACCACAAUAUUACUAGUAAAUUUCAUCAGUU